AUGCCGAGUAGGAGAAACAACCGAUUCCCAGUAGCUGAAUUUAUGAAUGCUAAGAAGGCACAGAACGCCUUGCUUGCAGCAGAGAAAUCUGUCCUUAAAAAAGAAAUCAGAGGGAAACAGCAGAAAGUACGAAGGUUGAAGUCAAAGCUAAGCAGAACAUCGUCAAAAUCUGAGGCAUUGCUGCAAGAGGUGAACAAACUGCCAAAAGAAGUCAAUCUAAGGUAUCCUAUUAGAACACCAACACCACCAAACAACCAACAAAAUAAUGCUGCGUCAAGGUCAACCCUCUCAAGGCGAAGAGAAGAGACAUUCGUUGCUGCAUUAUCUAUAAAUGGUGGAACUUUGCUCAACAAACGACCAGCCUUCAAUGGUCUUUUUGAUACGCUCAGCAAGAAGUGUAAAUUAGAUGAUCUUGGUAACUAUGUAUUGUCUAAUGAUAAGCUCACUUCCUAUGUUAUUGAGCAAAAGCAAAAGAAAGACAGGUUAGCAUUUGAAGCUAGUGAGGCAAAUAACUUAAGGAGCAUAGCCACAUAUUAUACUGCUGGGGUAAUGGGUAAAAGGAAGUACCAAGCCGUACGAUUAUCCUCUACAAUGAAGUUUGUAAAUGCUAAAAGAACAGCAAUUACUUUUAUGUCUAAAUGUCCCAUUCCGAAACUCCUUACCUACAAUAAGUUAGCUGCUAAGCUUAAAGAAAUUAAUAUUGGGAAGGUGUAUUCUGUGGAGGAGAUGUUUGAUGAUUAUAUAGAAGGUGAAUGGUUGUUUUAG